CACACUUCUUUAAUAAGAUUAGAACACACUUCUUUAAUAAGGUUAGAACACACUUCUUUAAUAAGAUUAGAACACACUUCUUUAAUACGGUUAGAACACACUUCUUUAAUAAGAUUAGAACACACUUCUUUAAUAAGAUUAGAACACACUUCUUUAAUAAGAUUAGAACACACUUCUUUAAUAAGAUUAGAACACACUUCUUUAAUAAGAUUAGAACACACUUCUUUAAUAAGAUUAGAACACACUUCUUUAAUAAGAUUAGAACACACUUCUUUAAUAAGAUUAGAACACACUUCUUUAAUAAGAAUAGAACACACUUCUUUAACAAGGUUAGAACACACUUCUUGA